AUGGCGGUCUUAUCCGUCAUAUUCGGCAACAAAUGGCCCGCCUUCCUGUCGGCGGCGGUUGCGUGCCUCUCCGUGUUCCUCUGGCCGAGCUUGAUAAGUUCACUCCGCAUCUGGAGACUCCCGGUCGUCGGCACAGAAUGGGGAGGCGCCGAGAAGCGAAGGUUGGCCUAUUUAUCGGGUGCGAAAAAGGUGUAUAUAGCAGGGUAUCGGAAGUUUAAGGAUCAAGUCUUCAGGAUUACGACGUCUAGAAACACCACUGUUGUAGUUGUGCCUGGGAAAUACCUUUCCGAGCUCAAGGUCCCCGACACCGUCGUCAGCAUGGAAAUCGCCGUUGACGAAGCAAUGCAGACAAAGUACACCAAGAUCGAGACCUACGUUCCAAUUAUCCCCUUUACAGUGAAGGCAAAUUUGACUCCGGCUUUGACUCGGCUCAAUCCCACCAUUUUCGAAGAGGUGCAAGAGGCAUUCGAGUUGGAAAUGCCCCAAUGCCGGGAUUGGACAACCGUAAACAUCCACCAAAAGCUGUUGCGCAUCGUUGCCAUGGUGUCCGGUCGCGUCUUUAUCGGCCCCGAGCUAUGCCGCUCCGAGGCCUAUCUCGAUGCUUCGAUCAACUACACGCUGGAUGUCAUGGGAGCUCAGAGAGCCGUUGAGAGAAUGCGGCCAUGGUUGAGGCCCUUCCUAGCUUCUCGGCUCCCAGAGGUGAAGAACCUCGAUAAACGCAUCGAGGAGGCCGUGAAGUUCAUAUCGCCCGUCGUGGAGGCACGGAAGGCGAUCGCACUUGACCCGACGGCGGAGAAGCCGGACGACAUGCUUCAGUGGCUCGUCAACGCUCAGAGCAAGUUUCCUGAUAAAAAUAGCCAAAACCUCGUCAGGGUCCAAUUGGGCUUGAGCUUCGCCGCUAUCCAUACGACGACCCUGACUGCGACGAAUGCGUUUUAUUCCCUUGCUGCGCUGCCCGAAUUCGUCGAGGAACUCAGAGAGGAGAUAGACAGCGCUUUAGCUGAUAGUGGCGGUGUGCCUACCACGGUUGCUCUCCAGCACAUGAAGAAGCUUGACAGCUUCCUGAAGGAGGUCCUCCGCACGUAUCCGGCUACAAUGGCUUCCUUCCAGCGCAAGGUCCUCAAGCCUCUCAAGCUUUCCAACGGCCAAGUCAUCCCUGCCGGCGUCACCAUCGAAGUCCCUGCGGUCGCCAUUAACUUUGAUCCCGAGGUAUUCCCGGACGCCGACAAGUUCGAUCCUCUACGAUUCUACAAGCUUAGAGAGGCAGCCAAGGAACAUAGCGUGGCAGAGUCGGCGCUGAACCAAUUCGUGAGCGUGAGCCCAAACAGUUUGGGUUUCGGUUACGGGCGUCACGCCUGUCCCGGAAGGUUCUUCGCCGCCAAUGAAAUCAAAUUGCUUUUGAUUCACGCCAUGUUGACCUACGAUAUGGGGCUCGUCGGUGAUUCGAAAGAGAGGUAUCCUAACCUCGAGUUUGCCCAUAUGUGCAUUCCAGAUCCGAAGCGUGAACUGUUAUUCAAGGCGAGAGAUACGAGCAAGUAA